UGAUUUGGUGGCGUUUAUGAGCGGCACUGCACCAUCAUGAUUGGCCGGUAGUGAAAGGGGAGCACCAACAUGCAUAUGACCCUGGCAUUCCCUGUAAUUCAACGUCUCCCGAAAGUCCCAUCUUUCCACCUCCAGAAUUCCUUUUCUCUCAGUAGCGUUUGUCCUUGUUAGAUACAAGAUGCGAAAGACUACGAUCACCGCGGACCAAGAUGGCGCAGUUUACGGAUCUCCCAAACGAGCUUUUGCUCCACGUUGCUCGAUACCUAGGACCCUGGGAAGACCUUGUGCAUCUGGCAACGAUCAACCGACACAGUAAUGAUGUUGUUGGGGCAUUAAUCUUGCGCUAUCUAACCGAGCUGCGUGCUGACACCAUCUUGCUCGCCUGGCUGAUAGAAAACCAAAAUGUUCACGGCGUGAAGAAGGCUUUGAGAUAUGGCGUGAGCCCAAAUCAUGGACUUGAUCCAGCCGCCCACGACGGAUCCCCUGAUCCGGCUUUACCACGCCACUCCCAUCUGCUAAGGACACAUCUGCUCACAUAUCGCCGUGCCGCAGGGCAUCGCAUGAGCGGUGUGCCAGCAUGUGAUUUCCCUCGGUCGCUCAGGCUGGAUGAUGGCUCGGAAGGGACUGACAUCUACGAAGCAGGAAGGCUACCGCCUAGGGUCCUCUACGCGUACCGCAAAUCAUAUUCGAAUAGCACUUUCUCGCUGCUCCACCAUGCAGCCAAGCAAGGAAAUACCGACAUCAUCCAGCUCCUUCUUGACCAUGGCGCUGAUAUACACGCGUUGUCGUUGGAUAUUCAAGGCGGCUCCGUCAUGGCAGCAAAGACGCUACUGCCGUGUCAAAAAGAAGCUUCCCCACUUCCUCCAUCCUCUCGCCGACCCAGAGUUCGGUAUACGCCUCUGCACAGCGCUAUUCUUGCUUACAAGACAUCUGCCGCCAAGCUUCUACUCGAGGCUGGCGCUUCACCGAACUCUUGCAUACUGGUGGACAACUCAACGAGUACGGACUGGAUGGUCCCGACGACCGCACUCCAUCUCGCAGCGUUCUUGGGGAACAAGGAUCUGAUAGAAUACCUGCUUAAGAACGGCCAUCAAUCGGUCAAUGAAAGAGAUGAGUUUGAUUCGACGCCUAUAGUUUACGCAACUGUAGGGCACAAUUUGUCCGCGGUCGGCGAGCAACUCCUGGAGAAAGGCAGCGACCCGAACACCCUGAUAACAGCAAACUGUCCCUUACUAACCGAAGCGUGUUGGCACGGCAGAUUCGGCGACGCUUUGGUGCUCCUCGAUCACGGGGCCGAUCUGGAGCAUUCCGGGCGCUGCAUGGUGAAGCCUCUCCAUCUCUGCUGCGUACGCAAGACCGAGCCGCUGCGCAUGAUUUGCGGGCCGACACUGAACCUGUGCCGAGAGCACUCGCAGGAGAGUAUGCGGCUCGAACUCGUGAAGAGACUCAUCCGUUCGGGAACAAACCUACACGAGCGGGUCGAGCUUCCUGGCCUUGACGAUAUUGCCACGCCCCUGCUUCUCGCAAUAGACUCUGGGCUGAUCGAUGUCGUCAAGGAGUUAGUGGCGUACGGAGCCGAUAUAAAUGUCCCGGAGAUUCCACGCUGCAAUGCCCUCCUUGCGGCGCUGUCGGCUGACUGUGACGAACAGUCAAAAUUCGACACCGUCUCAUACAUUCUCGAUCUGGAACCGGGAUGUGAUGUCAGCGAGGUGGACGAGUAUGGACGGUCUCCUUUACAUGUGCUCGGAAGUCUGGAUGCCUCCGGAUUGCCGAGGUUCACCUCAGCUCACGAGGAACAAUUGGGCAGAAGAUUGCUGCGGAAGGGCGCCAAUGUACAUGCUCGCGAUGGCCCGUACGGGCCGUCACUUUUUCCAGCUUUCUGCAAACUGGGCUCGUACCGAUUCUGCAGCGUGCUCGCGGACCACGGUGCUGCGUACUCCCUUUCCCCCGUAGAACUCAACGUCAUCUUCCGCAAAUUGGUGGAGAGCGUUGCAAAAGCUCAUGACACUGCCGAAGCGAUACCACUACUCGGGCUGCUCCUCAGUGUGGACCGGACAGGCACCAUAUUGGGAGACAGCAAUUGUUUCGAGGUGGCGUUGUCCGAGGGCGCGAUACAGAUUGCACAACAUCUCCUGCAGAGCGGCUGCUCGUACAGCGCCAAGGACAAAUUCCGCGGCUACGUCCUCCACCGAGCAUGCGAGGUCGGAGCCACCGGCAUUGUCGAGCUCCUGCUCGACAGGGGGGCCGAUGUCAACGAAUCUCUGGACUGGUGCGGCCGGCUCGACCGUUCGUACGAGAAAACCACUCUACAGAUCGCCAUGAAGUACGCAUAUCGCCGCCACAUAGUCACGAACGAGCACCAAGGCCAGCAGCUCCUGAAGACCUUGCUGCGCCGCGGGGCGACCUGGCCACACUCCUCGACCGCCACGACCCUCAUCCAGAAAGCUAUAUGCCGUAACCAGGUAGAGGUACUGAACCUGGCCCUGGAACGUUGGCGGCCCCUGGCAGACGAGUACUUCUUGCGUCGGCAUUCUGAGCCAAACAAGUACUUCACAACCCUUCUCUUCUCGGCGUGCGAUUCGUCAAAUCGCAUCUGCAAUCCUGAGAUCAUCUGCAGCUUGCUAAGACAUCUCCUACCGAUCGGCUUCGUAGUUCCGCAUACAGUCGAGGGGACCGCACAAGAUCACCCGCAGAGCAAAGAACACAAGUCCUUUCUCGGGUGGCUCGUCUGCACAUACAAGCCUCUAGCGUUCUGCCCGGGCGAGGAUUGCGACUGUGGUGACAACCUGCUCAGGAGCAUUAUCGUCUUGUUGUCCGGGGGGAAACUGUCGACCGGCCAGGCUUACACCCCAGAAGCAAGGCAGCUGCUCAAGGAGUCACACAGGAAGUUGGUGGCUGUUCUCAAGGAUGCGACGCUGCAGAUGGACUCGCGGGUCUUGGCGACCGGUUUAGGUGGUAGAGGAAGAAGCACGAGGCAUUGUUUGGAAUUUAUCAUGGACAAGCUGGAGCUGUCGAGUACGGAUCUAAGGGAUUCUUUACCGCGGCUGUCCUUCUUAGACACUGUACUAUAGUGGGAACAUCAAUAUUAAA